GCGGAUGGUCGGUCGGGUGUGGUUGCUGCUCUGCUACUCUACACGCUAAUCUUAAAGUUAUUCCAUCCAGUAAAUGUCUCAUUUAAACAGUCUCUUAAUAACAUCGAUUUAAAUAAUAAUAAUAACAACAACAACGAACAUGGGAUUUUUCAUAAACAAACCAACAUGAUUAAUUGCUUCUCUGGAUACGGAGAGUAUGCGUUCACUAUCACCUUCUUAACUAGACGUCGGUUUUACCGAAGAAAAUCGGAAGGAUCAGUGUACAAACAACAACACAACAAUGCUGUGAUAAUAGCAAUCUGUUUACUUUUGUCCGGGGACAUUCACCAGUGCCCAGGUCCAACCAUCGUAACAGAUGAGGGAAGCAUUGUUGACGAUUUAAUACGCAACUCUACCACUACUCAGGUAUGUAGUUUAUUCAGAGACUACUCAGGUUUUGAAACUAGCCUGCAACCUUACACUGUGUGCCAUGUGCCCUACCCGAGCUCCAUAGGGGAUCCAGUGAUGGCCCGGCUGAGUUUUGAUCUCGAACUGGCUCGGCUGACGGGCGUUGCACCUGUUGAGUGUCUGGAUCGGAGCACAUGGAGGGGAGCAUUGUCGUUGCCAUUGCCAUCGAAGUGUAUGAGUGUCCCGGAGGGAUCCGACAAAUUGUCGGUUUCGACUGAUGACUGGCCAUCGUUGGAUCGACGGAUGGUGGAGCCGGUGGAGAUUUACCCUGUGGCGAAAACGGCACCUUCUCGGGUCGUGGUAGGAUGCAGUGACUGCCUGCACGCAACUACAAGUUCAAGCGGUAUGGAGUUGAACGAUAAACUUGAUCAUGUGGCGAUGACGACACUUUCUCGGGUCGCGGUCAGAAGCAGUGACUGUUUGCACGCAACUGCAAGUUCAAGCGGUAUGGAGUUGAACGAUAAACUUGAGCUUGGAGCCUAACAACAUCUGGCAAAGGGACUACCAAUGAAAACUAGCCCUAGGGCUAAUUUGGGUACAUUUACAUAUACAAAUGUUAAUUAAUGUACACUGUCCCUUUUCUAAAUAAAUAAAUAAAUAAAUAAAUAAACUCUCUCCUUUAAGAGCUGAGUGUUGAACAUCAUUGGACUUUUUUUAGCCAAAACUGUCAAAUGUGACCACUUAACUAACCAAUAAACUUCAGUCUUACUAAGUCUUUUUUGUGUGUUUGCAUUGAUGUUUAUUAACAUGUAUAAAAUACUGAUAAAACUAUAAAACUGCACACUUACCUUUAUAAUGAGAGUCAAACAGGGCAG